AUCUUAAUAAUUUCCACACCAAUCGCAGCAGUCAAACGUUUAGCUGUGACAAAAAAUUCAAGUUUUCUUCUUCAAGCCCUCCUCUUUUCUCCUCCUUCUCUGAUUUGAUCUUCUGGUGUGAGUUAUGUCAAUGUUUCAGAGGAUAUUAUUAGCCCAUCAUCUUGGUCACUCUAGAAAGCCCCUCUUGAUUACAGGCAUGGCCAUGUCAACAAAGCUGUCCGCUUCCACAGAUGUGCACGCUGCAUGCGACUGUCAGGACACGUUGACACUGCCUCCCUGCCACGUGUCAAAUUCAAUGUCCCUAUAUAAUCCCAUUGUCCAAAUCUUGUGUACCACUUGCAUGCUUUCCCAAUUUUUCGAAGGAAAGAGAAAAGAAAAAGAUAGAGAGAGAAACACUGACAGCCUGACAGGUGACAAUGGAUCGUCAGCUUUUUCUUCCUUCUCUCCCAAAACCCACCUCGGAAAUUACUGGAAUAUUAAACCACACUCUCCGGCAACUUCUUUGAAAAGUCCCAUUUUAAGAGUUUGUGGAAGAACAAUGGCUUCUGGUGUCAAGCAGCAAUUCCCUCCUCAGAAACAAGGAACUCAGCCUGGGAAAGAACAUGUCAUGGACCCCAAUCCUCAGUUCACAAACCCAGAUUACAAGCCCUCCAAUAAGCUCCAAGGGAAGGUGGCGCUAAUUACAGGAGGGGACUCUGGGAUUGGUCGAGCUGUGUGCUAUCUGUUUGCUCAAGAGGGUGCAACUGUGGCCUUCACAUAUGUGAAGGAGCAGGAGGACAAGGACGCAAAUGACACACUCCAAAUGAUAAAAAAGGUGAAGACUUCUGAUGCCAAGGACCCCAAGGCCCUUGCAGCCGAUCUGGGUUAUGGUGAAAACUGCAAGAAGGUUGUGGAGGAGGUGGCAAAAGCCUAUGGCCGCAUCGAUAUCCUCAUCAACAAUGCGGGCUCUGUGGAAGAGAUUGAUGAGCCCCGUUUGGAGAGGGUUUUCAGAACCAACAUAUUUUCUCAUUUCUACAUGACCAGGCAUGCUUUGAAGCACAUGAAAGAAGGCAGCUCCAUAAUUUGCACAACAUCAGUGAACGCCUACAACUUCAAGGGACACGCCCAGCUGCUUGAGUAUACUUCCACCAAGGGAGCCAUUGUGGCAUUCAUUAGAGCACUUUCUCUUCAGCUGGUAAGCAAAGGCAUUCGUGUCAACGGUGUAGCUCCGGGACCCAUCUGGACACCGCUGAUUCCAGCAUCUUUCGAUGAGGAGGAGAUUACACAGUUUGGCUCCGAAGUGCCAAUGCAGCAAGCUGGACAGCCGUAUGAGGUUGCGCUGGCUUACGUCUUCCUUGCUGACAAUGCUUUCUCUUCUUGUUACACUGGCCAAGUUCUCCAUCCCAAUGGCAAUGAUCUGUCUGUGAUAAUGCAUUUGGUCUGAUGAGCACCCACCCUUGUUUGUAUUUUAAUGGCUAUUUUGUGAUUUUGCAGGUGGGGCUGUAGUGAAUGCUUGAUGGGGUUUGUGGAGGAGUCUUUCGGCCGGUGGUUUUGGGUCUUUUGAGUCAUAGUGUAUUAGCUAGUUUCUGUUUCCUAGUAAGGGUAAGAGUUGUAUAUGUAGAGAAUGAUCAUGAAAUGGUCUGUAUAUGUGCUUUCUGCUAAUAAAAUAUGAAAAGAGUUUUGGUUAUGUUGCUGGGUGUCAGUUUGAGAUGUAAAAACAAUUCCACGCUCUGCAGAGCAUAACAUUAACAAACAAUUCAAGUCCUGCCUCAAGGAAUAGCAUAUAUAUGCAAUGCAACGAUCUUGUUUGUGUCACAAGAAAUCUAUGCAGUAUUUGCAAAGUUGAAUGUAACAAUAGGCAUUGCAUCACUUUCCCCGAAGAUAAAACAUUUAUUUCCAAUAUCACGAAUGACAAAAGUUACAUUGAUUGACUUGCACCGAAUUGGCAUAUAUUUAAAUUAUUAAUUUGGAACAAAAAAGCUGAGAGUUCCCGUCAAAUAAGCUUGAAGACGAAAGUCGAUCAGAUUUGAAUGCAGAACACAAGAAGAUAAUUUACAGAACAAACAGUGCUUCUGUCCUACCAGUCAGCAAUGGAGCUAGAUCUUACUCUCACCACUUGAGAUUCAGCGAAAAGGUUAGGAUCAAUCGCCAAAGCAAAUUUCAACACCAUUUCCACCAAUGGCUGCCGUCAAACAAUGGAACCCACAAGACUCCAGUUCAGAA